GAGGUCGGAAAGCAGUGUUUAAACUGUGUUUACAGUAAGCACCAUGAGAAAUAACAGGCUAAAAGUGUUUGUUUCUGCUUGGUCUUUUGAUGUGCUCUUUAAAAGCAACAAAUACAUCACCCCCUCACCGUUCUGCACAAUAACAUGCAGAUCCUUAUACGCGUUGCUAAAGCAUAUGUCUUGCCUGUUCUCUUAAAAAAAAAAAAUUCCAGUUGAGUUUUUAAAAGUUUUGGUUUUGGAGAAGAAAACCCUCAAGCUUUCCCUGGAGUCCUCCUUGACUUGACACAUUCUAUAACCACAAGGGAGCAGUCUUCCCUUUGAUGAGGCCUUCUCUCCACCUCUCCAGAAAUGAAAGAGCAAGUGUAAGUUUGCAAACAGUCUAAAAGCUCUUUCCAUUAGCCCUGGACUCCGGAAACCACAAAGGGCAGUCAAGUUUUGAUUUUCAAGGAGAAAGCCUCUGGUAAACUUUCGCUCAGCCGCCAGGAGAUCUGUUGGUUCCUGGGAGGAGCGGUUGAAACCUUGAGGAUUCCCAUGCUCUUGAAGACCCAGAGCGGUGGACUUAACAGUAAUUGAAAAGCUUUGGUGGCUUUGGGAGAUUACUCAGUGUUUGGUGUGCGCUCACAUUUCCAGGCUAGGGGACGGAGCAGAGGAACCCCUUUUGUUAUCUUUUGAAAGAAGACGAUCCGAAGGGAAGACGGGGGUUUGAAGUGUGGAUUAGAGGAGGGGGUGGUUCUGAGUCUUUGCCUAUCACCUCCGCCUGGAUCUUUAUAAAAAUAUCAAGGAGUGCAAUGAACUUAGGGACUCAUGCAACGUUUCCUUGAAGCCUGUUCUGGAACCUACCUUCCGGCCCCAGAAACUUCUCCAGAAGCAGCCCAGCUAUGCCCGCUGCUUUGAAUGGACCAACAACCCCGCUUUGAAGAUUUUCAGUCUCAUCUUCUGCUGAGAGAUUCAUCUCUGGGGUGAUCUGUUUGUUUUCGGCGAAUGAUGGAGAAACGCAAACCGGCUGGCCUGUUGACCUUGCCCUACCACCUGCGCCCGGUGCCCGUGGGCGUGCCAGGGUCCCUGCUCCGCCUCCCUCUGCGGGACCCCUUCAGGGUCUCCUGGAGUCUGGACGCUGUGCGCUGGGAGCGGACGCACGGCGGCUGCGCCCCGAGACGGCCCUACCUGCCCCUGCCGCUGGACGGCGCCUUCGAACCCGCCUUUCUCCGCAAGCGCAACGAGCGCGAGCGGCAGCGGGUGCGCUGCGUGAACGAGGGGUACGCGCGCCUCCGAGAUCACCUGCCCCGCGAGCUGGCGGACAAGCGCCUCAGCAAAGUGGAGACGCUCCGCGCCGCCAUCUGCUACAUCAAGCACCUCCAGGAGCUGCUGGAGCGCCACGCGCGGGGGCAGGAGGGCGCGGCCGACGCCGCCCCCCCGCGCAGGGCCGAAUGCAACAGCGACGGCGAGUCCAAGGCCUCGUCGGCCCCCUCGCCCAGCAGCGAGCCCGAGGAGGGGGCCAGCUAG